AACUUUGGACUCAUUAAAGCUGUAAUGACAUGUUCCAACCUUCAGCUUUUACUGUCCACAAUAAAUCUCCUCUUCCCCUUCUCAUCUCUUCCGCGGCAGAAGCCCCCCCACCCAACAUGGAGGGAGAGGAAUGUGACACCGGUCUCACCCUCUCCGUAGGUGGAGCUUGUGCUGGUGGCCUGGUUUCCACUCAAUUCCAUGCCUUGUUCCCUUUCCACCACCACCACCACCACCACCAGCAGGAAGAAGAAGAAGAAGAAGAAGAAGAAGACUGUAGCAGGAAGACCAUCAUAGCAGGUGGCACGAGGAAGAAGCUAAGGCUCAGCCAGGAACAGCAAGCAUUGCUGGAAGACAGCUUCAGAGAGCACACCUUUCUUGCUCCGAAACUGAAGCAGGAGUUGGCCAGCCGGCUAAACAUACAGCAACGGCAAGUGGAGGUCUGGUUCCAGAACAGGAAAGCGAGGAACAAGUUGAAGCAGACGGAGGCGGAGCUGGAGACCCUCAAGAAGUACCGUGAGAGGCUGAGCGAGGAGAACCGGAGACUGAAGAGGGAGGUGGAGGAGCUGCGGAGCACGAGAAGGCUCGGAUCGCCGGAGCCGAUGGCGACCACGCUGACCAUCUGCCCGGCCUGCUUGAGGAAGACCAGCUGCCGAGCGCAACCCCAACGCCAAGGAGGGACGAACGGAGUCUCCACGUAGUGAGCUGGUCAGCUCUGUACAACGUAGAAACAAAAAAGGAAGGAAAUGUUAGCGUAGUAUAAAGAUAAAUGGAAAUCUCUCUUUAGCACUA